CUAUCCUUAUACACAGCAUAAGCCUUUCCCUCUGCCCACAAUCUCAGCAUUUUCCAUUCACCAUCGAUCGCUACAUUCCCUUCAUCCUAAUAAAUCUCCUAUCAAUCUUCCGUUUGCUAGAAAAUGGCUUUGAGCUCGAACGCUUUUUGUUCACUGGCGGUGUACAUUCUCGCCGUGUGGCCGAUCACCGCGGCGGCAGAAGAUUGCGGCUCCGUCAUAAUGAUAGACAACCUGGCUGAUUGUCUAUCUUUCGUCUCCAAUGGCAGUACGAAGACGGAGCCGCAGGGGAGCUGCUGCUCCGGGAUCAAACUGGUGUUGAAAACCAACCGGAGUUGCCUGUGUGAAGGGUUUAAGAGCAGCGCGGAUUUCGGAGUUUCUCUGAACGUCACCAAGGCGAUGACGCUCCCCUCUGCUUGCAACGUUAGCGACUCAUCCGUUAGCAAUUGCGGCUUGAACAGCACCGGCAAUCCAUCAUCACCUCCUGCUCCAACAAUGUUGCCGUUAUCUCCCAUAAGAGCCCCUGCUACGGUGGGAAGUCUGGCAGGAAGUCCUCCAGUUCCGGUAGCUAAUUCUCCAAUUCAAGGAAACUCUGUUUCCUCCAUUGUGGUUCCGGCCUUUGUUGUCGCCCUGGCUGCUGCUGCAUUUUUUGUGUUGUUAUUUUGAGUUGGGAAUGAACUACUAAUGUUAGUUUUUUUUUUUUUUUUGAAGAACUACUAAUGUUAGUUAUCACAAGGAAUUCGUAAAACAAACAAGCUUCAGUAGUGCAUUGGAUUCAUUUGUGGAAGACCGGAAGUGUUUCGGCCACAUCAUAAU